AUGUCAUAUACUCAAAGUGAACCACUAUAUCCAGAUUAUUUUGAUAAUUUGAAUCUUUCAUUGUCCUCAUCGACAUUGGAUUCUUCAAAUGGAGAUGAAUUAAGUUCUUCUCAAGAUUCUUCGGCCAAUAAAUCAACAAAUGGAUCAGAAAUAAGUGUUGUUAGCAAAAAUGACAUAGACGAGCUUGAACAAGAACGUUGUUUAGAACACAGUAAUAUUUUACCGCAAUAUUUAUCACCAAAUAGACAGAAUAGUUUUGAAAUUAUUUCUUGUCAAAAUCCUUCUUAUCAACAUUCUCAGCAUCAUCUAUUACACCAAAAUAAUGUCCAAAACCACCAACGUAAUUUCUAUCACCCACCACAUUUUGAACAGCAUCAACUUCUUUGUCAACAUCCUGUUUUCCAAAAUCAGCAAUUGCAACCUAAUAUUCAGUAUCAACCUUUGCAACCUAAUCCAAAUAACUAUAAUGAGCAUCCCCAAAUAAUUAAUAACCACUCUAUUGAUCAAGUAAUCAAUGUUAUUCUCCAGAUCAAGGCUAUAAUUGAAAAUAACAACAACCUAAACCUGUCAUCAUCUCAAGCACCACUUACUAAUGUUGUCCAAAAUUCUUUGUCUACAAGUCAAGGUACACAAACUAACUUCAAUCAAAAUUGUGCGGAUACACUUGCGGAUAUACGUGCAGAUAUACGUGCAGAUACAUUUACUCAUCCAAAGCUUC